AUGUCGUGCGCGGCAGACGGUUGCGAGGCUGAUGGCAGCAAGCGUUGUGGCCGCUGUGGCACUGUUGCCUACUGUUCCUCGGACUGUCAACGCCGGCAUUGGCCAAUCCACAAAGUUGGAUGUCGCCCAACUGCUGGGUUCUGCUGUCCGCGAACUAUCGAAGCUCUGGAGGAGGCCAGGAGGAGAGAGGCGGGGGAUUCAGCCCCCGACUUGGAACGCGAGCUGAGAAAGGCCAGACAAGGAGCCUCGGAAGUAGAUCUGAGCAGCAACGAGCUGAGCGGAGCUGCCGUUCGGCAGCUGGCCGAAGCCCUUUCCUCUGCGCCGAAAGUGCAAAACCUAAAGUUGGAGGAGUGUCGGCUGGACGUUGAGGCUGCUGCCCUCCUGGCGAAAGCACUUCCGGCUCUGACGUCUUUGCAGAUCCUGAGCCUGGCGCACAAUCAGCUGGAAGUCGGCGGUGCCGAGGUGCUAGUCGCAGGCUUACAGGAGGGAGGACGUGGGGACCUAAAGCUGCGCGAGCUGAGUUUGGCUGACAACUUGCUUGGGCCACGGGCUGCGCUGUGUGUCGCAGAGCUGAUGCUACAGUUCGUGGAAAUGGGUUCUUUAGUUUCCGUGAGCCUCGCUGAGAACUUCAUGCAGGAGGAAGGGGGAGAGUUCUUUUCCAGAACUCUGCGCGGAGGCGGUGGUCGCGCAAGCUCCUUGCAUCUGGAUUUGUCAGCGAAUGAUCUGCGGGUGGCUGGUGCCAAAUCCUUGGUGCCACUACUGGAUUGGGCUCCCUUGGGCUCUUUGGAGCUGCAUGGCAAUCGGAUUCACGACUUUGGUGCGGUGGCCCUGGCGAAGGGCUUUCAGAGAAAUACUACUUUGACACACCUGGGCCUUGCAGAAAAUCUCAUUGGUGACGACGGCGCCGUGGCCCUUGCAGGUAUGCUGUCAAACAACAGCUCGCUGCGCACCCUGGACCUCUGUGGAGGUCAGGGCCAGGUCAUCCGAGACAAGGGAGCCGUGGCUUUGGCCAAGGCACUGAGCUCCAACGCCACUUUGGAAGGCCUGGAGCUGGACGGCAAUGGAAUUGCUCUAGAGGGCGGGAAAGCUCUCGAGAAGGCGCUGUCAGCGAACCAAACCCUCACCUCUCUGACGUUGCGAGGAAAUCAGUUCGACUACACGGCUGUGGAUGAAUGUGCGCUGGCCUUGCCGUUUCACCUGACACCUGCUUUACUGGUCAAAAGACAGGUAGCAAGAACAAAGAUCAUGAUGAGGUCCAUGAGGCAUGCAGGGCCCAGUGGAGGCGGAGAGGAUGCAGACACCCUGGCAUUCCUGGACAACGUCUUUGCAGGGCGCUGGAUGAGUUCUGUCGGAGAGACAGGAGAGGACGACUUUGACCUUGGGGAUCUGCAGAUGGCCGGCCAAAAGUCAGGGGACAACGAGCUGGAGCCAGGUGAGCCACAGCCUCCGGUGUGUGGUGACUUGGCGAAGCAAGAUCUAUGGACCUCGCUGCAAGAGAGCGCCUGGGGACAGGAGCUGCGCCGGAUUUACCUGCACAACCAGCUGCCCUGCGACAUCUUCGCCAUUGCUUUCGUGACGUGCGCAGUAUGGUUGGUGCCAGUAUGA